UUGCGCAUGCGCAUUCCAAGCAGUAUACCCUUAUCAUCUGAUGUUGUGUCACAGCCACAAUCAAACGUGUAUUAAAAUCACAAUUUUUAUGAUAAAGAUUCAAUCAUUUUCACGAUGCCGUUGUUUGGAGGAACACCGUUCGAUACAGAUGUUGAUAAAGUGACAAGUGAAUCUAAUACUACAGAGGACUGGGGACUUAUUCUUGACAUCUGUGACAGAAUUAAGGCAAAUUCUAAUGCGCCAAAAGAUGCUUUCAAGUCGAUUAUGAGGAGAUUAAAGACCCCUAAUCCACAUGUCCAGUUGCAAAGUUUAGUGCUCUUAGGUGCUUGUGUGAGUAAUUGUGGCAAGCCAUUCCAUCAGGAGGUAAGCUCAAGAGACUUCUGUGCCGAUGCCAGGAAUAUUGUCAGUAAGGGCCAUCCUAAGGUUUCUGAGAAGAUGAGACUAUUACUGAAGGACUGGUCAGAGAAAGAAAUGAAGAAUGAUCCCUCAUGCAGUUUAAUUACACAGCUGUAUAACAGUCUUAAAACAGAAGGGUUUGGUUUCUCUUCAUCAGAUGAUACACCUAAGUCCUCACAAACAUUCAGCAAAGAUCCCAAUGUAGUCUCUUCUCAACAAGAAGAAGAUGAUAUCGCUAAAGCCAUUGCCCUAUCAUUAGAGAAUGAUAAGAGUUCCAAUCGAAGUUCCAGCGGAGGUGGAGGUAAUAGUGGAGGAGGGGGAAGUAGCUACCAGUCAUCUAGUAGCUUAUACCCCUCUACCAACACCCUUUAUGCCUCACCAAUCCAGCAUCAAUCCAGAGAAUCAAGAAAGGUCAAAGCACUUUAUGAUUUUGAAGCUGCAGAGGACAAUGAACUCACAUUCAAGGCAGGAGAGAUAAUCAGUGUAUUGGACGACAGGGAUGCAAACUGGUGGAAGGGUGAAAACUUCCGAGGCACAGGUCUCUUUCCAUCUAACUUUGUAACAGCAGAUCUUACAGCAGAAACAGAACCAGAAAUCAAAGCACGAGAGAAGAAGGUAUCAUUUGAUGAAGAAGUAGAGGUACGGACCAUCGAACCACCCUCAGAGAUCAAGAUUAGUGCAGAAACAAUGGACCAAUGCUUAGACAUGCUUCAGAAUACUGAUCCCACCAUGGAAAGACCUGAUAAUCCUGACAUGCCACUUUUAGAAGCAACGUGCAAUGGAAUGGCUCCUCUCAUUGACCAGGAGUUGGAGUCAAUUGACCGUGAUCAUGCAGACCUGACGGCUCUCAACCAACGGCUCAUUGAUGCCUUUCAGAUGUACCAUGAUCUGAUGAAAGAAGCACCUGUCUAUGGCUACUCUCUGAAGGGAGUAGUUGCCGGCCAAGGCCCUUUUACAGGGCAGGGGCCGGUGCCUAUCCCUGGUGGCUAUGUCCCUCAGCAACCCAUGCCUCCACAACAGAUGACUCAAUACAAUGCCGGAGCACCCCCUCAGCAGCAUUACAUGGGUAUUGGUCAACCUAUAAUGAAUCAAAGUAUGAACAUGCCCCCUUCCUCUCAAUCUGUACCUGUAUCAACUAUGUCUAUGAGUCAGCCAAUUCCCUCUCAGUCAGCAGUAGGGCCAGCUUCACAACAAACCUAUUCAUCAAGCCCAGCAUCAUCUACCAUGUACAAUAACAUCCCCCAGAAUUCCUUGCCAGCCACUAGUCAGUCAAGCCCCGGAUCCACUCCCUUCCAAUACAACUCUGCACCUGUUGGUACCGUGGCACCCACCAACACCUCCUACAGCCAGCCAGCCCCCAUGGGUAGCAUGCAGCCCCAAGGGGGAGUGCCCUCUACGGGUAUGGAACAGGGGUAUAGCAUGGCACCCCCUACAGGUGACCAAGGGAUGAUGAUGGGACAGGGGAUUCCCCCUCAGCAACAGCUUCUCUUAUAGUGUCUGCUGUCGUCAGCUUCUGAGGACAAUUAUCUCAACAUAUUUAUCAUUUCAAUCAUGGAUGAAGAAAGGAAAAGAAUAUGAAGAACAAACUUCCUGUGAUACAUCGGCAAUUGCUGCUGAAAUGGGUAACAUUUCCCCCUCUAUCACCUCCGUUGAUUCUGGGCCACUAUCUGGUGUUUCAAGAGGAGCUGCCAUAAAUAUAUUUAUAAUGUCUUAGAAUGUUUACUUCUUGUUGGAUCAUUCUUAUGUCAGGUAAGGGAAUAAAAACUUUGAUGGAACUCAUAGUUCGAUGGACCAUCAUCACACACUUCAUCCGUUCUAUGCUUUGAAAGAAAUAUAUUCACUCCUUUGUACUUCAUUAAUUAUCUAGUUGGCAACACUGUCUUCAGAUAUUUCUGUAGAGUUUUCCCACUGUUUAGAAUUGUCUAUUAAGUUCAUAUUAGGGUUUAACUAAUAUUUAUAUAUCUAGACUGUCAAAUGUUCAGGUUAAAAUGAACAUAGUGAUAAAGAUAUUACUGCAUAAUAAAUUGCUUGUUGAAACAUUUUCUAUCAAUUAUUUUUUCCAAACAAAAUAAAAUCUGAAUAUGCUCUAAAAAUUGCUCCAUAUAUGCACAUGGUCAGUGGAAAUGAAUCUAUAGAGGCCAAGAUAAAUCCGCUUUCACUCUUCAAAUUGGCAAGAAAUGUACAUACAUUCUCAUACUGUAAAGAAAUCAAAUAUGGAUUUAACGCAAGUCAAAUGAGUAAUGUAACAAAAGAAAAAAGGUUGCCAAUUUCGAUUUUAAACAGUAAUUAUGUUUUUCCCAUUAUAUUGCCAACUUCAUGUAUGUAAUGCUUAUCUUAAUGUAAAGAACUUUUUUUUCCGGAAUGGUGAUGCAUACUGGAAUGGAAGUGGUAUCAAGUUCUCACUACAUUAUUCUCUUUCCAGUCAUGAUUCAUUUGUGAUUACUAGGAUAGAGCUUAACUUUGAACACGAGUGUCUUCUUGAAACACAUCUCUAUGGGUUCAAAGGGACCCUCAAAUAAAUGAUCUUAGACACUGGAGGCAUUUUUGUUUACUGAUAUGAAAAGAACUGUAGACCAAUCAAAUUCUAGAAAAGAUUGUGAAAAAAUGAGAUUGUUAGCAAAACUGUGGAAAAAAAAUUAUUUGAGGUAGGAUGCAUAUAAUCGUUGUAAUCUAGCACUCAAGUUGUGAACGCUUCACAAUAUUUUCUGAACAAUGCUUUUAUGUUACCUUGUUAGCUAUACCCUGUAUCUACAGAAUACAAUUUCUUUUCUAAAGUAGGAGAUGAAGUUCAGGGGCCCGUAACACAAAACUUAGCAAUGAUCGUAGAACAUUACACUGUACAAUCAAUCGUGAAAAUCAAGCGUACGAUCAAUCGCUAACCUUUGUGUUACGGAACCCUGGAGAUAAUAUACCACAUAAAAGCAUUGGUUGGUUUGACACAAACUGGGUAUCAGUAAUUGCUUGGGGUACCUCUUGACAAAAAUUGGUAUGAGAGCAAACUUUUAACUGUUUGUGGCUUUUAGAUAUUUUAUCCAAAGUCGAACUUUAGUUAUUGUCAGUUGUCUCAAGUUUUAUUCAUCUUUAGUUUUGUCAUGGUCUGCAUGUACGCAUAGUCUUCAGUUUCACAAACUUCAGAGUCGUAUUCUAUCUAAUUAGUGAGACAAUUGAAAUGAAAAAUAAAAAAGAGAGCAUGAUAAUCCACAAUGUAAAUAUCACAAACGGACACAAAGCAGGCAUGGGCUUUGUUCCAUUUCACUUCUUUUUACAUAAAUCUCAACUGCUCAUGUGCCCAUUCAUGGAAAGUGACUUUGUGGAAUUAUUUAAUGUGCAAGACUGCAUUUAGUUUGUACGCUGUCAUUUCAUAGAUUCUUUAUUCAAAACAUUACCGAAAAUAGAAACCCUAGUUUAAAGUGUUACAUUGUUAAUGUGGGAGCACCUUGAGCACCUAGCAAGGUGGAUACGUGCGCUAUACAAAUCCUACAUCAUUUAUUAUUGUUUUUUUUAAUAUUCAAACUUUGAUUUAUGAUGUAAUAUAUUAGAGGUGAGAUUAUGUCCUUGGUUUUACCUGAAUCAUGCAUAUCAUCUUACAUGGAUGGCAAUGAUUGAACAAUUUGAAUUAAAAUGAAAUCUUUCAUUUUUAUUAGAAAAGUGAUUUAGUGCAUCUGCAUUUGCAUGCACCUCGUGAAAUCAGCAGUUUUUCAUAAAAUAUUGCAUUUGUGUUUUGUGCAAUGAAAUACAACCCAAGAACCCCUCAAUGUUUAAGCAGAGUUCUGCUUUGACUUUAUACUUAUUAUUGGUAGACUUAGAGAUGUGGAUACAUAUAGUUAACCAAAACAAACACUGCUUACAAUUUAAACAUGCAAAGAUUUUAUGAUUAAUACCAAUUUGCUUGAUAAGCAUUUUUGUUCAAAGCAUAUUAAUAGAUAUUAUUUACAAGUAUUUGUGUGACAUGUUACAGGUAUAUGGUUUAUAUAUAGACAUUGAAUGAUUUGAAGCAAGUUCUGUAAAGGGAUUCUUGGAUUUGUCAAAUAAAUAUCUAUUAUGAUUUUGUAAACUUGUAAUUUUUUUAUCAAACAAACCUGCUUUAUAUAAUUCAUAAUAUGUUGGACAGUAUUUGUGUUUUUAUCUCUCAAAUGGUUAUCACUUUGUUUGUACCAAGCCAGCUUAAUAUUUUCUUUCUAUUGCAAAAUUGCAAAAUUUCAUUUUCAUAGUACGAUGUCGAGUCAAAUAUUUCACUUUUAUAUAGGUGAAUAUAUUUCACCCUUUUCGCUCCACGACAGAAACAGACUUUUAUGAUGCUAGAUGAUUUUGGAAGAGACUUUUAGCCCCGUCAUAAAUAACUGUCCUGUAACACAAUAUUAUUGCACUCUGUAUAGGGGACCUAUGGGCAAAAGUAAAUUCUUGAUUUUCCCAUAAAAACAUGGUAUUCAUUGAAAUAAAAGUCUGAUAUGGAUUCAGCUCUCUUCACAAUGUAAGAAUAAUUUGAAACCUAAGCCCCCAUUUCGGGGGAAAGUAAAACAUAAUACACACUUGGCGUAUGUCAUUAACUUUGAGUAAGAGGGGUUGUCGUUUGGGUACUACCAGCAAAAGAAAAAAAAUCCAGAUGGAUUUUGAGACUGAUUUUGCUGUGCAGAUAUCAAUGCAUGUGAAAUGGUCUAGCUGGAGGGGUGAAUAUGACCCAUGGAUUUAAUUGCCAGCGAUCCUCUAAUACACGCUAGAUGCAUGUAAUGAUGUAUAUCUAAGCCUUAAUUCAGUAAUUUUUUUCUCCCUUAAUAUGUAAUUGAUUUGUUUGAAGAACCAUUUUCUUAUCCAUGCCAUGAUACAUGACAUGUAUAGCCCAGUGGAGUGGCGGGCAUGCUAUGCUGAGCAGUCGUAUGUGAAGCACAGGAUUUUCUCAUGUCACAAGUUGCGAUGUGAAAAAUCCAGAUUAUGACUAAUUCAGAGGCUCACACAGAAGAUUGUGCAAUGUUCAAACAAGUGGAUCUGACUCUCACAUUUGAAAUUGAGGGUAGUGGUUCAUAUCCCAGCCAGGACUUAAUUUCCUUCAGCAAGAAAUUUAUCCACAAUGUGCUGCACUCAACCCAGGUGAGGUAAGUGGGUGUCGGCAGGAAGUAAUUCUUCAAGAAGAUUUGAGCACUGGGAAUGGCGGCUAGCUAGCUGGGGUAAUAUAGAAGUGUCUUGAGUACAUUAAUAAGGUAGAUGUGUGCCCAAUAUGAAUAUUCUAUUGAUUCUUUUGAAAUUUAGUAAAAGUAUAUUAUUUAUGUGAAGUAGUACUUUCUGAAGCUGCAAAUGUAUCAUGAGUUUCAAACAAAGUGACAGCAGUCCUUUCAUUUGUCAUUCUUGUUCAGAUUUUAUAAUUUGACAUACCCUCUUCUGGCAUAUAAAAGCAAUGCCACUACAUAAUCAAUCUUCCUUGAAUCAUAUACAGGUGAGUCUUUUUAAAUCAAGUCUCUUUGAUAUGCAAAUUUGGCAGCUUUGCAUGAUCGGGGAGGUGUCUCAAAAAAGGUUUUACGGUUUCUGGAAGUUGCAUUUAAUACCCCCAGCUGCAUAAUAAAAAAUAAUAAU